UCAGUCCACCAAAACAUUUCUGACUCAGAAAAACUGAUAUAUUUAGCAGAGGGGUUGAGUGGUUUUCAUUUUCUGCAUCCGGGUCCCUCUCUGUUCUUUGUCUUUAUUUCUCUCCUUACCCUAUAUACGUAUAUGACUAUCUCUCCAUUUGCAUUUAACGACAAGGUAGACUGCUGCUGCUGACUGGUAUUUCACCAUUUUAUUAGCUUAUAAAGCUAUCAGACAACACUCCCUCUCUCGUACCAUUCCGCUUUCCCCCCAUCUAUAACCUCUUUUUUUCAAACCUUAUAUUAUUAGUAUAACCUUCUCUCUUUCACUCUAGGUCUACUCUUUUGCUUGUUACAUCACUGUUGAUCUCUGCAAUAUAUUCUCAACAUUUGCAAUUGAAGUUGGGUUUUGGAAGUUGAAGCAUUUGGUAUUUUUGGAUUUAAAGAAAAAUGAUGCACAGGUGCAGUAGCUCUCACGGAAACAUGGUGGGACCAUGUUCAUGUGGGCUGUUUCAUAGCCAGAGCAACUCCUUCUCGAUGUUAUUUUCCAUGCCUAACCACAAAUCAUUCGAUGAAACAGACAUGUAUCCUUUCCCGACGUCGCCUCCUUCUUCUUCAGUCGAUUGCACUCUCUCUCUUGGAACUCCAUCCACUCGUCUCACCGAAGACGACGACCGCCCAGUCCGCCAUGACCGCCGAGUCCCUAACUUCUGCUGGGACUUGUUACAGUCGCCUUACCAGCAGCACACACAGAAGCCCAGCCGUGGUAGCAAUGGCAAUAGUAAUGCUCCGGCGGCGAACGAUCCUCUCCUUGCCCGCCGUUGCGCUAACUGCGACACCACAUCCACGCCUCUCUGGAGAAAUGGACCCAGGGGACCAAAGUCGCUUUGCAAUGCCUGUGGAAUUCGGUUUAAGAAGGAAGAGCGAAGAGCGACGGCCGCAAACGCAAACAAUGGCGGUGCAACUGCAUCAGGAAUUAUAAUGGACCAGCACCACGCCUACUACGGUUAUCAAGCACAGACCCAGAGAAUGCCGUACUUCUCUCCGGCGAAUGAAUUCCGCUUCAUAGAAGACAACGACCAGGAUUCGGAUGCCGGCAUUUCCUUCCAUUCCUGGAGACUCAACGUCACAGACAGGCCCACAAGUCUCGUUCAUGACUUUACAAGAUGAACGUAUCACAAUGAUGAUGUUGAAGAUGAUGAUGAUGGUGAUGGUUUAAUUAAAUAUCAUGAUAUAUCAAUGUGGUCUCCUCUAAAUUAAUUCUUUUUUCCCCUUUUUUGUUGUUUCCUUUUUCUCCAUCUCCCAUAGAUGGAGUAAGAACCAGGAUAACUAUGUUCUUCAAUUCGCUGCUUUUUUCUUUUUCUUUUUAAUUUUAUUUUAUUUUAAGUUUUAUAAUUAUAAUAUAAAACCUUUUGAGAU